UGAGCCUCGGCCCGCGCCUCGGCCGCCACGUCGUCCUCCUCUUCGGGUCUAUCCCGCGCCCUCCCGGCGACCCAGCCUCCGGUCGCGCGGGUCUAGCCGCCAGGCCCUUGCCAAGGACAGGCCAGGUGGCCGAGAAGAAAGCACGUGCUUGAGCAGUGGUCUGGGCCAGGGGUCCGCCUGUCGUCGCCGCGCCGCGCCCGGGUCCUGAGGGGAGGCCCCUCCCUCAGUGUCCCCCAGACUCCGGCCUUCUGUGAACCACUGGCCCCGCGCUGGCUGGCGUGGCUCUGGGCCGUCACGUGUGGAGGGAGGGUGCGUCUUCCCCGCCGCGUCCCCGGCCCGAGGAGGAGAGGACUCCGCAGCAUGUCCCCCGCGCUCCACGACCUGACGCCAUCCGCAGGAAUGAAGAAGACCCUGCAGGAUGAGAUUGACGCCAUCCUGCGGGAGAGGAUUAUGGUGCUUGACGGAGGGAUGGGGACCAUGAUCCAGCGGUACAAGCUGAGUGAAGACGACUUCCGAGGACAAGAAUUUAAAGAUCACGCCAGGCCCCUGAAAGGCAACAAUGACAUUUUAAGUAUAACUCAGCCCGAUGUCAUUUACCAAAUCCAUAAGGAUUACUUGCUGGCUGGGGCAGAUAUCAUUGAAACAAAUACUUUUAGCAGCACUGCUAUUGCCCAAGCUGACUAUGGCCUCGAACACUUGGCCUAUAGGAUGAACAAGUGCUCUGCGGGAGUGGCCAGAAAAGCAGCUGAGGAGAUAACUCUCCAGACAGGAAUUAAGAGGUAUGUGGCAGGAGCUCUGGGUCCAACUAACAAGACACUCUCUGUGUCCCCAUCUGUGGAAAGACCAGAUUACAGGAACAUCACAUUUGAUGAACUCGUUGAAGCAUACAAAGAGCAGGCCAAAGGGCUUCUGGAUGGUGGGGUUGAUAUCUUACUCAUUGAAACUAUUUUUGAUACCGCCAAUGCCAAGGCAGCCUUGUUUGCAGUCCACAGACUUUUUGAAGAGGCAUAUGCUCCCCGGCCUAUUCUUAUUUCAGGGACAAUUGUUGAUAAAAGUGGGCGGACUCUCUCUGGCCAGACCGGGGAGGCGUUUGUCAUCAGUGUGUCUCAUGCAGACCCACUCUGCAUUGGAUUAAAUUGUGCUCUGGGUGCAGCUGAAAUGAGACCUUUUAUUGAAACAAUUGGAAAAUGUACAACAGCCUAUGUCCUCUGUUAUCCCAACGCAGGUCUUCCCAAUACCUUCGGUGAAUAUGAUGAAACUCCGCACAUGAUGGCCAUGCACUUAAAGGAUUUUGCUGUGGACGGCUUGGUCAAUAUAGUUGGCGGGUGCUGUGGUACGACACCAGAUCAUAUCAGAGAAAUUGCUGAAGCUGUGAAAAACUAUAAGCCUAGAGUUCCACCUGCCACUGUUUUUGAAGGGCAUAUGCUACUGUCUGGUCUAGAGCCCUUCAGGAUCGGCCCGUACACCAACUUUGUUAACAUUGGAGAGCGCUGUAACGUUGCAGGAUCCAGGAAGUUUGCUAAACUCAUCAUGACAGGAAAUUAUGAAGAAGCUCUGAGCGUUGCCAAAAUGCAGGUGGAAAUGGGAGCCCAGGUGUUGGAUAUCAACAUGGAUGAUGGCAUGCUGGAUGGACCAAGUGCAAUGACCAGAUUCUGCAACUUCAUUGCUUCUGAGCCUGACAUUGCCAAGGUGCCCUUGUGCAUCGACUCUUCCAAUUUUGCUGUGAUUGAAGCUGGGUUAAAGUGCUGCCAGGGGAAGUGCAUUGUUAACAGCAUCAGCCUGAAGGAGGGAGAGGAUGACUUCUUGGAGAAGGCCAGAAAGAUUAAAAAGUUUGGAGCUGCUGUGGUGGUUAUGGCUUUUGAUGAAGAAGGACAGGCAACAGAAACAGACACCAAAAUCAGAGUGUGCACCCGGGCCUACCAUCUCCUUUCAAAAAAACUGGGCUUCAAUCCAAAUGACAUCAUCUUUGACCCUAAUAUCCUCACCAUUGGUACUGGGAUGGAAGAACACAACUUGUAUGCUGUUAAUUUUAUCAAUGCAACAAAAGUCAUUAAAGAAACGUUACCUGGAGCCAAAGUAAGUGGAGGUCUUUCCAACUUGUCCUUUUCAUUCCGAGGAAUGGAGGCCAUUCGAGAAGCAAUGCAUGGGGUUUUCCUUUACCAUGCAAUCAAGUUUGGUAUGGACAUGGGGAUAGUGAAUGCUGGAAGCCUUCCUGUGUAUGAUGACAUCCACAAGGAACUUCUCCAGCUCUGUGAGGACCUCAUCUGGAACAGAGACCCUGAGGCCACUGAGAAGCUCUUACACUACGCCCAGGCUCAGGGCAAGGGAGGGAAGAAAGUCAUCCAGACCGAUGAGUGGAGGAAUGGCCCCAUCGAAGAACGCCUUGCAUACGCUCUUGUGAAGGGCAUUGAAAAAUACAUUAUUGAGGAUACUGAGGAAGCCAGAUUAAACCAGGAAAAAUAUCCCCGACCUCUGAAUAUCAUUGAAGGGCCACUGAUGAAUGGCAUGAAAAUUGUUGGUGAUCUUUUUGGAGCUGGAAAAAUGUUUCUACCUCAGGUUAUAAAGUCAGCUCGGGUCAUGAAGAAGGCUGUGGGUCAUCUUAUUCCCUUCAUGGAAAAAGAGAGAGAAGAAACCAAAGUGCUUACUGGCACGAUAGAAGACAAGGACCCUUACCAAGGUACCAUUGUGCUGGCUACCGUUAAAGGCGACGUGCACGACAUUGGCAAGAACAUAGUUGGAGUAGUCCUUGGCUGCAAUAAUUUCAGAGUUAUUGACUUAGGAGUCAUGACUCCAUGUGACAAGAUACUGAAAGCUGCUCUCGACCACAAAGCAGAUAUAAUUGGCCUGUCAGGACUAAUCACUCCUUCCCUGGAUGAAAUGAUUUUCGUUGCUAAGGAAAUGGAGAGAUUAGCUAUAAAGAUUCCGUUGCUGAUUGGAGGAGCUACCACUUCGAGAACCCACACAGCAGUUAAAAUAGCCCCAAGAUACAGCGCGCCUGUGAUCCACGUCCUGGACGCGUCUAAGAGCGUGGUGGUGUGUUCUCAACUGUUAGAUGAGAAUCUAAAAGAUGAGUACUUUGAGGAGAUCAUGGAAGAAUAUGAAGAUAUUAGACAAGACCAUUAUGAGUCUCUCAAGGAAAGAAGAUACUUAACCUUAAGGCAAGCUAGAGAAAGCGGUUUCCAUAUUGACUGGCUGUCAGAGCCCCCCCCAGUGAAGCCCACGUUCCUUGGGACUCGGGUCUUUGAAGACUACGACCUGCAGAAGCUGGUGGACUACAUUGACUGGAAGCCUUUCUUCGAUGUCUGGCAGCUCCGGGGCAAAUACCCGAACCGAGGCUUUCCCAAGAUAUUUGACGACAAAGCUGUAGGUGAAGAGGCCAAAAAAGUCUAUGAUGAUGCCCAAAAUAUGCUGCAGGCACUGAUUAGUCAGAAGCAGCUCCAUGCCAGGGGCGUGGUUGGGUUCUGGCCAGCGCAGAGCAGCCAGGACGACAUCCACCUGUAUGCGGAGGGUGCGGCACCCCAGGCCGUGGAGCCCAUCGCCACCUUCUACGGACUCAGGCAGCAGGCCGAGAAGGACUCUGCCAGCGCGGACCCCUACCUCUGCCUCUCGGACUUCAUCGCCCCUCUGCACUCGGGCGUCCCUGACUACCUGGGUCUGUUCGCCGUCGCCUGCUUCGGGGUGGAGGAGCUGAGCAAGGCCUACGAGGAAGAGUGUGACGACUACAGCAGCAUCAUGGUCAAGGCGCUGGGCGACCGGCUGGCCGAGGCCUUUGCCGAGGAGCUGCACGCACGGGUCCGCAGGGAGCUGUGGGGCUACUGCGGCGGCGAGCAGCUGGCCGUGGCCGACCUGCGGAGGCUGCGCUACGAGGGCAUCCGGCCGGCGCCCGGCUACCCCAGCCAGCCCGACCACACCGAGAAGCUGACCAUGUGGAGGCUGGCGGACGUGGAGCGACACACAGGCAUUAGGUUAACAGAAUCGCUGGCCAUGGCACCUGCUUCAGCGGUAUCCGGCCUUUACUUCUCCAAUUUGAGGUCCAGAUAUUUUGCCGUGGGGAAAAUUUCCAAGGAUCAGAUUGAGGAUUAUGCUUUGAGGAAGAACAUGUCUGUGGCCGAGGUUGAGAAAUGGCUGGGACCCAUUCUGGGAUAUGAUACAGACUAACUUUUUUUUUUUUUUUUUUAACCUUGUCUAUACUUGUUUCCUCAAGGAAACACAGUCAAAAGUGCCUUAAUAAUAACAGCGCAGCGGCCACGAGCCCAUCUGCAUCUGGUUGACCUUUGUGCCGCUCCAGGUUGUGGACGUUUGGUGGGACCUUGUGGACGAACAGCGUGUUCCUACAGUUCUUGGAAAACAAGCGGCUGUUUUCCAGGGGACUUUGAAUGAAGAGCAGUGAGCAAGACUCCGGGGGUGUCCCCGGUCCCUCAGGGACUAGGACAAGCCGGAGAGAAAAGCCUGAAAGUCAGUUGAAUAAGGGGAUGUGACCCUGUGGCAGAGUGACGCUGUGAGCAACGGGGCAUUUUAAUCUGAGUGGUUAGAGCAGUUACUCCCACAGGGGAGAAGCUCUGCUCUCCCGAGACCUCUCUCUCCCGAGACCUCCUUUUCUGAAGCCUCGAUUAGACGCCUGCAGAAGUCCCUGCGGCCGGAGGCAUGCUCUCCCUCUCCGGCUUAUCAGAGGUACUUAGGCUGCUGCUGGCCCUGGCAGGUCAGAUACAGUCACGUUCUCCAAGCAUUUUGUCCUCUCGUGAUCUCAUAUUCCCUCACCCUGAGGGGGGAAAAAGGAGGUGGGCAGAGAGAGUGGCCACUAAGGGUAGUUAACAGCCUUGGGUUGUUUUCCAGAACUGAGCAGGCUCUCGGCUCAGCCGCGUGUCCGUGCAGCGUGGAUAGGUGAGCAGCAUCACUCCACUCAGUUCUUCCUCUUCUGCGCUGCCCCAGCUCCAGACUCACACGAUAUGGGAACAGCGCGUGGACUUGUUUGUGGUCAUCGCGGGGAGAUGGUUAAGAACCAGGGCUUUGAAGUCAGACACACCCAGAUUCGCGUUUCAGGUUUGCCGCGUCCUUGCUGUGCGACUGAAGUAUCAGCACGAUUUUCUCAUCUGUGAAGUGGAGACAGCGAGACUAGCUCCUCUCUCACAGGCAUGAGGUGUGGAUUAAAGGAGAUGAUGCACGUAGGCAGGUAACAUGGGCUGCGGCACACAGUGAGAGCUUGAUAGAUGGCAGCUUCUGUAGAGCUCUCUAGGGGGUCUCCGAGCUCAGCACAGGGUAGGUGCUCAUGGAAAGGGAAUAAGAGAUUAAUGGAGGUGAAAAGAUACUGGGGAAAUGCAUAUGGGAGCGACCGCGUUGAAUAUACUAGGUACCCUUUCUGGGAUUAGAGCCCCAUUGAACACAGUGACUGGAGAGAGAAGCUACUGUCUAUGUCAUUGGCACCAUCAGCCCUCAUUUUCUGUGAGACAGUGCCCCCUCCCCUUGUGAUGUAAGCUGGCCUUGCCCCAAAGCAGUUAUAUCAAAUAUACACUCAGGUACAUUCAGGUGAAAGGGGAAAAAAAACUUAGCAAACGAUAAUCCUGCAUAACUGUAGCAUAUACAUGUUUACCUGCAGAGUAACAUGCCUGCUUAGGCAUCACUUGCCCUUAAAGUGAAGAGAAUUAUAUGCUUUCUUUAGGUCCAUUUAAUCUGUGCUAGAUUGAGACUGGAACUCAUUUUCCCCGAGAUGCUCAGGUGGAGGACUUAUUUUCUCUUCCAUAGCAGGUAUGUUAUUCUAGGUGUUGGCACAUCCUUCUUUAAGAAAGAAUAACCCCCUCCAAAUAUUUUAAUGUAUUUUAUCUGAAUUACAGUUGCUAAGAGUC